AUGAGAAACCCCACGUCUACUCGGCUGAUUUCCUUCUUUCUUGUCCUGUUAUCGCUAGCGAUCUCUGCGACAAACACAAACGCACAAGUUUGCGAAGCAGACGAUGGCAAGGUUUGUGCGGCUGUGGACAACAAUGAUACUGACGAAUUGGUGAAAUCUGAUGAACUUGAGGAAUCCUUGCAAUCCUUGAUUGAUUGGAUCCGAGGCAAAGGUGGCUAUAUUCAUCCCAGCUUGAGCGUCGGGUAUUCUCUUUUGCACAAUAAUGAACUUGGUCGCCCCACUUAUAGAUUUGGAGUCUUUGUCAAAGAUGGCGAGGAGAAGAUUUCUGAAGGGGAAAAAUUAAUGUCAAUACCUUCGGAAACCAUCAUCCAGGUUGCUAGAGAGGCCGAGGCCGAGGACGUUGGUGAAGUUCUUUGCCUUUUGGCGGAUCAAUUGGCAUUUGAGCGACACUACAAUCGUAUAAAGGAACAAACCGAUGGCGAUGACGAUGACUAUGACACUCCGGCGGGCAGUUCCUUUGAACCUUACAUCAAGUUUUUGGAAAACUAUGUUGUGGAUCAUUCCAACAUACCAGCGACAUGGUCGGCCAUGGGAGUGGCCACUUUGCGAGAAUUAUUCAGCAGAGAUCCGCACUUUUUUCCGACGUUUCGAGAGUUCUACCGGUGCUUUCACUUUGAUGUAUUCGGAGAGGGCAACGACGACCGUCACUCCAAUGAUCCAAUGAUGAACGAUGUUGAGUAUUGGGAUGAAGUAAUUGAAAUUGCCCAUGCGCAUGGAUUGCCUUACAACAAGUUGGUCCCUAUAUUCGAUCUCAUUCAGCAUUCCAGCGACCCUCAAAAGAUCAAUGUGGAAGUCACAAGUGCAAGCAUUGUAGUGGAUCUCAAGGACAAUUGGGAAGUUGUUGCAUCCCGCGACCUUGCGCCCAAGGAGGAACUCCGAUUCUCGUACUACACAGACUACAAGUAUGGGGGAGAUAAUGCCAUGACAAAACACAGCAAGGACAUGUUCAUGAACCAUGGUAUUGUGGAGGACUACCCACAGCAAUGGACGUGGGAGGCACAUGCAUUGACGGUUGGGUUGGAUCGAAGAGAUACGGCUGUCAAUGAUGACGAUGAUGAUGAUACGGAACUAGCUCUGACGUGGCUAGGCGGUGACUUGCCGGACGACGAUACCAUGUACUAUCUUCAAACAGAACUAAGCAUUUGGAAGCAGUAUUACAAUGUCGUUGCUUCUAUGGAAACCGAGGCCACAACCAGUGGUGAGAAGAAAGCCGAAAACGAAGAACAGGAGGAAGACGACGACCUUAUAUUAUCAUUUGAAAAGGAAUUAUUGUUGAAGUACAUUGAUGCGCACAUGACGGCGCUUGAAAUGACAAUCGCUGCGGCGAUGGCGGAUCGCCAAUCUUUGAACGAAACCGAGUACCAAGUACAAGAAGAGAAAUUCGUCAUUAACAAUGUGGACAGUAUCUAUUUCAAUCAAUACCAAUGCAACACAUUGAUUCAAAGAGUCUUUGACCACGAUUUUGAUACGAUUGAACACUUUCGAUCUGCCUACCAACAAAUCAACUACUAUCGAGAUCCAGAAACGGAUGAUGUCUGUCUGUAUUUGGAUGGUGUAUACCAACAAUGUGUUUCGUACUGGCCACAUUAUCACGAACUCGUUGUCCACAAGCCUGCCAAAUAUCUCAAGGAAGAUCUCAAGCGAAUACUCUGGGUUGGCGGUGGAGACUCCGGGCCACUUAAUGAAUUUCUCAAGUAUCCGACUGUGGAUCUAGUCGUCGGUCUUGAGUUGGACCAACAAGUUACCAGAUCAGCAUUCAAGCACUUUGCCUCUCGUCCACAUUUUGAUAACCCGAAAGUCCAAUGGUGGUACGGUGAUGCAUCCAAGUCACUACUGAUGCUCCCAGAGGAUUACUUUGGAUCGUUCGACUUGGUAGUCGUGGAUCUUUCUGAUACUGUGUUCUCUCUUUCCGUGUCGGCCGAAUUAGACGUGAUUGAAGCCAUCAGUCUUCUGCUUCGACCAGGAGGCAUCUUUGAAAUGAAUGAAUUAUUCAUGAAGAAAGUCAGCAACGUAUUUGAACAUGCCAUUCACUAUCAAUUCAGCGAUGUUCCCAAGAUUUGCGACCAAGCGGCAAUCUUUGCCAGCAACGAUGUUAAUUUCAUGCAACAAAAGCUGACCGAACACAAGCUGGCGGAAGAUGCUACCUUGUUGGUAGAAAAGGACAGCAUGCUGACAAAACACCAGUUCGAUCGCGUCCAUGACUAUCGACACAACCCGAAUCCAGCCUUUAAAAAGCUAUGCAAAAAGGUACAGGACGACAAGGAACAAGCCGAUGGCGACGAGAAGCCUCAAAGCACUGCUCCGGGUAUCACAAUGAUUGUCGAAGCCGAAAACUUGACUACUGACCUAUCAUCGCCAUCAGCGGUACAAAGCGCCAUCAUUGAUGCUAUUGAAGGACUUGGAUUGACUGUAGUAUCGGACAAACUAUCCGAUCUCGAUUCUCCAUUCUUCAUCAUUGCGAUGAAGGAAGGAUAUGUCGUGGUCCGAUUGUGGUCGGAAGAAAAGUACGGCGCUUUGGAUCUUCACUUGUGGAGGUCGUUCGACAAUCACGAAGGUCUCAAGAAGGCAAUCGUGGUUGAUGCUUUGGGUGGCGACUUGAUGAACAAGUCCACAUCAUCGUACCGCAUUGUGACAGGAGGGAUGUUUGGAUUGCCCGAUUGGAGGGAAGAAUCAAAGAAGCACGGUCCCCAGCUUGAUAACCUUUGUACAGAAGACGAAGGACCUAUUCGUGACCAAGCAUCGCCUUUGGAUGUAAAGAUGCAAGCAUUGGAAUUGAGCGUGGAUGUUUUGCAAGGGAGUAGUUUGACUGCUCUUGUAUUGUGUGGAUCACAGAGCACAGACUGCUCGGCAAUGGAUGUUGUGAAGGUUGGUGCCAAGUUUGACAAAGUCAUUCCCAUCUAUGAAAAUGAAGCGGGAAGUGCAAAAACACUGGACAACUAUGUUGAAGAGGCACAAAUAUUGCUGGAUGCAGAAUUGCCUGGCGAAGCUGACUUUAUCGACGCUGUUUUCCUUGACGAUGGCACAACCGAGCUUUCGACGUAUGUUUUCCGAAUGAUUAUGGAUGACGGACACCUUGAUCUAGAAAACCUUUUCACUUUUGCGACCACGGACAAAAAGUCUGAAAUUUGGCGACGACAAUAUCUGGAUCUUCUGAAAGGAGAGAUUGAGAUGGAUCCUGUCUUUCGCGCACUACUCCUUGUGAACACGACAUCAAGCAGUCUUGAAGUUUCCAUCACCGCAUCGGGGGAUCCUCUCUUCAUGGAACACCUUUCAGACGUUGUCUCUGGUUCACAAGAGAAGAGUCCAGCAGUUACUCUGGAGACUCGUAACAUAGUUGGUGGCUUGUGGAGAGGGGACAAGCAGCACAUGUGUACCGACGACGAAUUUUCGCAAGUGGCCGUUGAAGAUGACUACAACCAUGACGAUGCAAGAAGUCAAUGGGCGUCUCAAACUCCUCUUGCAACCCAAACAUUGCUACAAUUCUCGAGUAGUAUGUACGGAGAACUUGUUCCCGUCGAGAAGGAUGAUUUAAUCAAAGCAUGCGCUGGAGCCUUUGCGACACAAAAAGGAUCCUCAAUGAAGGUCUAUGAUGACUUUGGAGGGGACGGUGCUAUCUGCGCAGGUGCUUGGGAAACUGGAACCGCCGUGGUUUCUUGGGAUGGUCGAUAUGGAGUCGACUUGAAUAUAUUCAGCACAUUGGAUUUGGAGGAGUUGCAAAGCUUUGAGAAGGACAUCAAGACCAGCCUUUCAAGUCUCAUUGGCUGGCUUCGAGAUAUUCAGCCUCGAGGUUAUGGCCGAGUUGUGAGUUUCAAGGAAAGUAUGAUGCCUGGAGCUUCCAACUUUUUCAGUGAUGAUGAUGAUGAGUAA